CGCAAUCACUCGCGCGAGUUUGCGCGAGUUCAGAAGUUAGUUUGAUGCUGGUUUGACGCGAAGCUCGUUGGGAGACUGGAGAGGAGCGUUCAGGUUCAGGCGUGUGCAACAUCAUCAGGGAAGACUUUGCGUCGUGACGAUUUUGACGAGAUUUUGUGUUUUUGAUCAUAUUUUUAUCUUUGUGAUCUUGGCCAUCUAACUCAAUCGGCUCUAGUGGAGACGAGAGAGUCCUGCAGGAUUUUUUUUCCAAGAAAAUUGUGUCCAGAAGGUCGGAGAAAAGCUAUUUAUUGCGUGUCAAGCUAAUGCGACAGACAAGAUGUGGCAUUGUGUUUGGAGCUGAAACCAUCCCGUAGACUUCACAAGACAGAGGGUCCGCAUCCCAAACAAAUCGGCAAAAAGUAAGGGUCAACAUCCUCUCGCCAUCAUCCUCAAACCCCGCAAAACGAACAAAGACAAAAAAACACCUCAUUAGAUACACCGUUUUAAAAAAAGAAAGAAAAAAAGAAAGAAGUAGAAAGUAAAAGAGGGCGAGCGUAGUGAGAAAGUGCGAAAAAAAAGUGAUCAAAGAGUAAAGGAAUCAGGAGGAAACGGAAAGAAAGAGGAAAUUAAAGAACGAAAAAAUCGCGACAUUCAUAUGUGCUUCUAAAAGCUUGUGUCGUUUGCAAGGCUUUUUUUGCGUUUCGUUUGAGAUAAAAAAAAGUUGCCGUGAAUUAAAAGAUCAAUUGCUAUUUUUAAAUCUAAAAUGGCGAUGAGGUUUAGAGGGUUCACGACUUUACUGCUGCAGACUGCAAUCAGUAUCCUGACGAUUCUGCAUAUUGUCGUCGUUACUGCAGGUGACGGAUCAGAAUCAGUGAAACCGCCUCCAUGUCCGAGUGAAAUAUACUGCCAUGGAGAGUUGUUGCACACGAUACAGAUGGCAUCGAUCUAUCCAGACUCCAAGACGUUCGUCGACAUGAAAAUGAAGAAUCCGCCUAAUAAGACAUUGGCCCUGUUUCGGGAGUUGAUGAACAAGACUGAAAAUGCACCCACACGCAUCCAGAUCGAGGAAUUUGUCAACAAGACCUUCGACCCUGCAGGAUCAGAAUUCGAAGACUGGGAUCCAGUAGACUGGAAGCCAAAGCCCAAAUUCCUUGACAAGAUCCGUGAUGAAAAUCUUAAAAAAUUUGCCGAAGAUCUAAAUCAUAUUUGGAAACUGCUAGGUAGGAAAAUGAAGGACGAGGUGAAAUUGAAUAAUGAGCUCUACUCCAUCAUUUACGUACCCAAUCCGGUGAUAGUUCCUGGUGGACGAUUUCGCGAGUUUUACUACUGGGAUUCGUACUGGAUUGUCAAAGGUCUUCUUCUAUCCGAAAUGCACAACACCGUAAGGGGUAUGCUCUCGAAUUUCGUUUCAGUCGUUGAGCAAAUUGGAUUUAUACCUAAUGGGGGAAGAAUCUACUACGCGAUGAGAUCUCAACCACCAAUGCUCACUCCCAUGGUCAGAGAGUACUUGAGAGUCACCAACGAUCGUAAAUGGUUGGAAGAAAAUUUGUGGCUAUUGGAAAAAGAGUUUGAUUUCUGGAUGACUAAACGUACAGUCCAAGUUGAAAAAGAUGGGAAAACAUAUACUCUUGCCAGAUACUAUGAGGAAUCAUCUGGGCCAAGACCCGAGUCUUACAGAGAGGAUUACCUGACCAGUCAGAGUUUUCGUACAGCAGAGGAAAAGGAUAGCUAUUAUGCAGAGCUAAAGACAGCUGCGGAAAGUGGUUGGGAUUUUUCCAGUCGUUGGUUCAUACUUGACGGUACCAACAAAGGAAAUUUAACUAACUUGAAGACAAGAUACAUCAUUCCCGUGGACUUGAACUCUAUUAUCUACUUAAAUGCGCGGUUACUAGCAGAAUUUAAUGAAAUGGUAGGCAAUAAGUCAAGGGUAGAUUAUUAUCUAAAGAAAGCAGAUGAGUGGCAAGAAGCUGUCACAGCGGUACUAUGGCACGAUGAAGUUGGGGCAUGGCUAGACUAUGACAUUCUCAAUGACAUCAAGAGGGACUACUUCUAUCCCACAAAUGUUCUACCUCUGUGGACUAAUUGUUAUGAGAUUGCUAAGAAGGAGGAGUACGUUUCCAAAGUUCUCAAGUAUCUAGAGAAGACUCAAAUUAUGCUUAAUCUUGGUGGUAUUCCUACUACUCUAGAGCACUCUGGUGAGCAGUGGGAUUAUCCAAAUGCCUGGCCCCCUCUUCAGUAUUUUGUGAUUAUGUCUCUUGACAAAACUUCUGAUCCUUGGGCUCAGAGGUUAGCCUACGAAAUGGGCCAACGAUGGGUACGCAGCAAUUAUAAAGCUUUCAACGAGACAAACAGCAUGUUCGAGAAGUAUGAUGCUACAGUCUCAGGUGGUUACGGCGGAGGAGGCGAAUAUGAAGUCCAACUUGGAUUUGGUUGGUCCAACGGUAUCAUCAUGGACUUGAUAGAUAAAUACGGUGACCGAUUAACUGCUGAUGAUCAAUUUUUGCAAAAUGAUGUCGUACAGACAUCGGCACAGCAACAAGUCGCUGUUUCUACAGCUGGUCAAGUCAUGACCGGAAUUCUAGCACUCAUUAUUUCGGUAGCAGCAGGAUUUAUAGGGUGAGAUAUUCGUCUGGUCUAAGUCAACUAGCAAAAAUUUUACGGAAAAGUAUUAUUGCGAAGGAAGCAUUGAGAUAUUAGAAUUAGUGAUAGGUAUCAGCGAUACUUUGAUAGAUCGCUGCUUCCGAAGCAAGAACUGUGUGACGUAGUCAAGAGAAAUUAUUAUUUUCUCCUUGGCUGAUAAUUGACUAACAUAUAACAAAUCUCUCGUCAUUCCUUUCUACAUGUUUGCCUUUUUUCGUUUGUUGUUAUUUGAGUGCGUGUGCGUUAGUGCUUUUAUUAACUUUUGGAGAAAAUGGAAAUAGUGUGCAGGCCACUAGAUUUCCAAGAAUAUUGACAAGAUGACGUAUAAUUUAACACUUGCUGGCGGGUAAAAAUUAAGUGUGCGUGUAAUUGCUGGUCCAGGGAACACGUAAUUUAAAAGAAAUCGUUUCUGGGAAUUUUUAACGGAAAAUUAAACCACUUAAUUGCAGUGAUAAUCUAAAUAGGAAUGAACUUUGUUUUUCAAAAUACUAUAUAUUUUGAAUUUUUUAAUUAAACGUAGAAUCACAUGAGUCAGAUUUAAUAUAGAGGCAAUCUUGAAAAAAAAUUAAGGAACUCUUAUCUCGUUUACAGUGCUAAUACGACACGAACCUCAGAUAAUUUUUAAUUGUCUCAAGCUUUCUUAUCUGCUAAUUCGUUGAAAUUAGAGAUUAGAGUGAAAAAGAGAAAGAAUGUGUGAGCGAAAGAGAGCGAGCGUGGAGAAAUCGAGUCAUCUUGAAGUAAUUUUAAAAUACUUACAAUUAGAUAUCGCUGGUCGAUGGUUCAUACAAGUUUUCUCGUUAUUUACUGCAUCUGAUUAUGCCUCUUGAAAAUUAUUGUUUUAACUUGUACAUUUUUUUCCAAUCGUAUCUUAUCCUAACUGGGAUCUAAUUAAUUAUCCACUUGCUUUUUAUUGCUUCAGAUUAGAUCUUGCAAAAAGAAGAUAUUCUGUAAACAGAAUAUAUUCUUUUAAGAGAGUACGUUAAUCUUAUUGAACUUCAAUAUUUCCAAUGAUACAACGGUCAACGCGUCGUAACUCACCGUAAAAUUAUCAAAGCAAAUUUAAGCUCUUGUACAUAUUUACGUAGUAUAAUGAAAAUACGUUUAAUAGAGUAUUUAUUUUGGUUUCUAUUUUUUAGAAAGUGAUAAGCCAUGUAAAUAUUGUAAUAUAUGAAAGGAAGGUGCUGCAAGUGCAAAUGUCGUAGAUUUAUCUAGUCAGACAAAUGAGUGACGUAUACCUUACUAUAGUGCUGAUAUAAUUUAUGACGUAGUCUUCACAUUGCGAUAAGCUGCCGUACCACUGUGCUGGGCAACACAUUUAUUUUAUUUGAUAUCCUGAUUCUUCACUGUUGAAAAAGUCUUCCAUCGUGGACAAUAUGAGGCUUGAACUGAAAUCUACUGAAUACAACUAAAAUAGGCAAAUUAGUAUUGAUUUAUAAAGGAAAGUAAAAAUAAAAAAAUAUUUAUUAUAUUUCUACUGUUGAGGAAAAAUGCAGUUUAAAGUAUAUUAAUCGAAGAUAAG